AUGUCCUUGACAGCUUCAAGGGCUGUAAGAGGUGCAAGCGCAUCUUUUGUCAAAAUUCCGUCGGCCGACGGAACUUUGUCCAGUAAUAACGAUAUUAGUAGGAUUACCAAGCUCACGAUCAAAGUGCACAAGUGUUAUAAAAAUAUUUUGGCUCCAAGCUUUAUAACCCUACUAAAGCCGGACAUCGGUGAUGCCAAGUACAGCUUGUUGCUUGAUGAGAGUACAGAUAUUAGUGUAUGCAAGACACUUGGUGUUGUCAUAAACUACUUUAGUUUAACACGGAGCACAUUUUUAUCCAUAGUUCCGCUCGAGGAGGGCGACGCGAAAACAAUUGCGAACAGCCUCUGCCAGGAACUAAGCAAUUUCAAAUUAAACCUGGAGAAUUUGAUUGGGAUCGGCACGGACAACGCAAGUGUAAAGGGGGUGCAGGAGAUGAACUAUCAGAAUUCCCUCGCUGCUGUCUCCAAUGGAUGUUAG